ACCUUUAACGACUAUCCUCUAUCACUCUGUCAUCAGACCUGUGUAGAUACAGGACAACGCGGUGAAACGACGACCCCGUCUCGUGACCUUCUUAUCAUCGUCUGUUGACAUGUGCACGUCGUCUGAAACACGGGAUACGGACUCCCUCACAGAACACUCGCCGUUGAAGCAAUCAGUCAGGAGCAGGAGAGAAAAAGGUUCAUGCGAUUGCGUGGCAGCUCGACACGUACUCGCAAUAUGGGGAUUCUUCGGUUUCGUCAACCUCUUCACACUACGGGUAGACCUGAGUGUCAGUCUGGUUGCCAUGGUGAACAACUCAAACAACCACAUAAACAACUCGAAUCAGAGCGCCCAGUACGGAAACUUCACGUGGGGAGAGGGCACGCAGGGAAUCAUCCUCGGCUCCUUCUUCUGCGGCUACUUCACUACGCAGAUACCCGGAGGCUGGCUCGCCGUCGUCGUGGGAGGAAAACGACUGUUCGGACUCGGAAUAAUGGUGACGUCACUUCUGACACUCUUCACGCCGAUGGCGGCCUCAUUCAGUCUGUACGCGCUGAUUGCCGUCAGGGUGCUGGAAGGCGCAGCCCAAGGUAUAGCAUUCCCCUCCAUGCACACGCUGUUGGGCAAGUGGGCGCCGGUGUGGGAAAGAAGCAGACUGGUGUCCUUCACAUACGCCGGUGGACAGAUCGGGACGAUCAUCACUCUUCUAAUGACCGGGAUCAUCUGUGAUAGCAGCACACUGGGCGGGUGGCCGUCAACAUUCUAUAUAUUUGGUGCAGCCGGAUUUCUGUGGUCAAUCGGCUGGAUGAUCUUCAUUUACGACUGCCCCGCACAACAUCCGAGGAUCACAAAAGAAGAGCUGAAGUACAUUGAGGACUCGAUAGGGGAGACGAGUUCGCCUUUUAAUUCUAGUAAGAGAACACCUAUACCAUGGCGGAAGAUCUUCCUGUGCAAGGGAUUGUGGGCCAUCGUGGCAGCCCACAUGGCGGCCGACUGGGGCUGCUUCACGAUGAUGACAUGUCUGCCUCAGUUCAUGAAGAAGAUCCUCAAAUUUGACCUCAAACAGGACGGUAUUAUCUCUUCUCUACCGUACAUGGUGCUGUUUCUGACGAACACCAUCAGUGGCCCAGCCGCCGACUACAUCCGGGGAAGAGGAUUGCUGUCAACCAAAGCCACCAGGAAACUAAUGAAUUCUAUUGGUCUCCUGGUGCCAGUCGGGUUCAUGGUCAGUGUCGGGUACGCUGGACACAACCCCACCCUGGUCAUCGCCCUCCUCUGUCUGGCUAUCGGUCUUAACGGCUUCACUCUGGCAGGCUACAGCGUCAACCACCUCGAUAUCGCACCCAAAUACGCAGGUCUUAUGAUGAGCAUAUCGAACACGUUUGGCACGACGACAGGCUUCAUAGGUCCAGCCGUAGUCGGAGCACUCACCAACCAUAACGAAACGAUGGCAGAGUGGAGGAUAUUUUUCUUCAUCACGGCGGGGGUUUUCGCGACUGGGGGGCUAGUGUUUCUCUUUCUGUCUGAAGGAGAGCCCGCCGCGUGGUAUCACGAGCUCACUGUCCAGGAGGAACAGAAGAAACUCGCAGUCAACUCGGCAGCAGACGACAAAGACCAAAAGGCGAUAUACAUCCCAGACAAAUAUCGCCGGAUAGGCCGCCGAGCAAUAAGAUCCUGUCCAUAGUUCAUUGUAAUGUUGUACUGCUCAGAAUCCAGCGACUUGCGAUACACCAGCAUCAGUGACAUAGUGCUUAAAACCCCUUUCACAUAUACAUGUUUUAGCCACCAGUGAUAUAGUGCUUAAAACCCCUUUCACAUAUACAUGUUCUAGUCACCACGAUCACCGCGUUGUCGUGGUGAACGUACAAUGGUCGAAACGUACCCCAGAACGUAUAGAACUUAGAAAGAACGUAGUGGACGUAGAGUGGACGUACAAAUGACGUACAUAGAACGUGGUUGGUCGCCACAAUUUGUUGACUGCGUUCUCGGCGUCUACUGUACGUCCAUACUACGUUCAUUGUAUGCUCCGAUUACGUACUCAGCGCCAACUCGGCGUUUUUCAUACGUUAGUUCUACGUCCAGGAAGUUCCAAUUAGGUUCUCGCUACGUUCUAUGUAUGUUCAUGGCGUCUGACGUACGUUGUCAGCACGUUCUUACUACGUCCUAAUUUUUGUGGUUCGCGUUCCGCAUAUUAAAAAAAUAAAAAUCAUAAACUUGGUCCGCAUUCCUUAUUCUAAAACACCCAGAACAGUACAGUGGGCGUUAUGGACGUAUUAACAGCGUACGGGGAUCGUAAGUGUUUUGGGCGCGAUCUAGUCGUAAGUCGAACGUACUGGACGUAGUAACAACGUACAAAGGACGUACAAUGAACGUACUUCAACGGCGACCAUUUCCAACCUCCGCGACCACCCGCAAAACGCGGCGAAACCUACGACCAAACGUGAAUGUGUGAAAGGGGCACAAAUGAUCUCAGUUAAGGCUGGUAUGAGUUGGGUUCGCAUCCCAGUGCAUGAUCCAACCACAGCCAGGAUCUCAGACUCGUCAUAUUGGUAUUAACUUGUUAUGGUAACUAUACCCACGUCUUUCUCAUUAACUGUUGGCGGAUUCAGAGAAGGGUCCCAGGCGUCCUGUGAACCACCCCCACCCCACCCCAUAUCUACCCAGUCGGUUGAAGAGCCCUCUUUAAUGACUUAAAACAAAUCAAUCAUCCACAGAACAACUCUAAAUUGCACGGACAACGCAUUUCUAUUUUAAACUGUUUUCAGACGAGUAUGGCCCGAAACCCUUUCCCACCCCUCGAACAAAUCUUACUCCUUUUGAGAGCACAGCUCAUGAGCUCAUGGCAAACUCAAACUUGCAUUUGUUUAAUUGUUACGGCUCACCUUCACAAUCCUGGACCCGCCCCUGUUAUCCAGUUAGUUGGAAAAGUAUUUAAGUUUGUUUGAAAAACAAAUAGAUUGAGUACGUUUUUCAACUUACUAGGCCUUCUCCAUAACACAUACAUCAUGGACAACAAUGAUAUAUUGAUGUGUUUUAACAUAUGGACAAAAAAGCAUAUUUCUGAAAGAAAAACAUAACCAAUUUAUCGUUCCGCUAUUACAGUGCAACAGUAUUAUAUACUGAGGCUGGAAUACAAAAUUAACCAGGGCAGUCGGUGAUGACGUGCAUAUUCCCGAGGUGUUUUCAAUUUUCCGCGAAAUGUAUUUUGCAGUGGAAGUUUAAAAAUGUCUAAGUUACUUUUCAUAGUUAAUUCUUUAUUUUUGUAAUACAGAACUAUUAAACUUUUGAGUUAUACCUUAACUGCAAAACUGCCGUGGAUAAUAUUUUUCUGCGGCAUAUAUUUUGCUUCGGCAGUUUUCCUGAUUGAUAGGUUUAAAAGUCAUUCGUUUUGAUGUAGGCCCCGUUUCAUAAAGCGAUUUUAAUGUCAUUUCAUGUCAUAGGGUUGUACGUAUACAUUCAGAGCAAGUUGUUGUAGAGCACGGCUGUCGUGGCCACAGGUGUCGGUCUUGAUCGACUUCUCUGUCCAGGACAGGAAAUGGGUUGGGGUGGGUGGGAGAGCGGACCGCCCACACUGGCAGGUGCAAGAGAGAACUGGGGUCGGUAGAGGGUGGGGGUGGGCGUGGGGGUUAGGUGCUAUGGAAUUGGAAAUGUGCGCAGCUUAAAUGAAAGAAUUUGGGCGCAUUUUGGAACGGUUCGCCGAAAUAUAAGAACUACGUAUAUUUUUGGAAGCGAUCUUAACCCUAAGGUAUUCACGAAUACUUAGGAAAACCCCAUCCAUGACAUACUUUUGGUACUCACAAUUUUAGUUAUUUAAUCAUUAUGGGACGUAACUCUGUAUUGUAGUUGUGUUAUAACAUCACAGAAACAUGGCGUUUUAUAUGCAGUUACCGUAAAUCCCUGAACUAACGCCUAGGUGGGUGGAUGUUUUUUGUUUUUGUUUUGUUAGUUUGUUAGUUUUGUUUUGGGUUUUUUGUGUGGGUUUUUUGCUCUGAGAUCAGGCUACUUUUCAAGGCAAGCUGCUAUGUUUUUCAUACAAAACAGUUUUGUGUUUGUGGAAAUCUCUAGCCAGGCUUCUAUUUUGUUUCCGCGAUGCUCUGAGACCCGGCCUCCAAUCGAGGCAGGCCUCUAUUCUAGGAUUUACGGUAAUAAUGGUAAUACACUAGAUCUACUUACAUUUUGAUUUGAUUCCAAAACGAUGUAUGCAAUACAUUUAUUAAACUAUUGUCAUUUUAUUGUU